AUGGUUGUGAGAGGGGAAAAGAAACAUCCUUUGAAGGGAGUAUCACACAGGGGUUUCAUCUUCGUUGGUCGGUUACUUAUUGUGUUAGCUAGUCGCGAAGAAGACGAAGGAGCCAUAGCCUCCACCUUCGACAGACACCGACAGCCAGCGAAUCAUGUUAUUCGGGGCAUCACUACAGCGGAGUGUCCAUGCCAGCCAAUAAAACCAUUAACCGGUGUACCUUCAAAGCUAAGCCAUCUCGGAGGGGUCAUGCGGCCACAUAACGCCAUAGCCAAAAAGAAUACCCGACUCCCAAACUCUUCCGCCGUUGAUUGA